AUGGCUAAUCCUAAGAAUUGGUCAUCUCUUCUAAUUAUGUUAGUCUUGACCUUGUACGCCAUUGUUGCUCAUGCAAGUGCCCAGUACACCUAUUCUUCACCAUCAUCACCACCAUAUGCUUAUACCUCUCCACCAUAUGUUUACAAAUCUCCACCACCUCCUCCAUACGUCUAUAGCUCUCCACCACCUCCUCCUUACGUGUACAGCUCCCCACCACCUCCUCCAUAUGUUUACAAGUCACCACCACCUCCUCCAUACGCCUAUAGCUCUCCACCACAUCCUCCCUAUGUUCACAAGUCGCCACCACCACCUCCUUAUGUGUACAGCUCUCCACCCCCUCCUCCAUAUGUUUACAAGUCACCACCACCACCUCCAUACAUCUAUAGCUCUCCACCACCUCCUCCCUAUGUUCACAAAUCUCCCCCUCCUCCUCCAUACGUCUAUAGCUCUCCACCACCUCCUCCAUAUAUUUACAAGUCCCCACCACCUCCUCCAUACGUCUAUAGCUCCCCACCACCUCCUCCAUACGUCUAUAGCUCUCCACCACCUCCUCCUUACAUCUACAGUUCACCGCCACCUCCUUACGUUUAUAGCUCUCCCCCACCUCCUCCAUAUGUUUACCAGUCGCCACCACCUCCUCCCUACCUUUACAAAUCUCCGCCUCCUCCUCCAUUGUACUAA